AGGGCGAGAGCGAGGAGCGAGCGCGAGUCCUAAUCCUCCCGGACGGCGAAGAGGUGGACUCGAUUAAUAGUCGCGCUCACGAGUGAAACAACGUCGUCUACGGCCACAGCACGGGAUGACUUCCGCGGCACACUGAGAGCGGCAUUUCUGGCGCGGAUUCGCACUUCGAUGGGCGAUCGUGCGCACCUGAAGACUGCGGCGCAUCGGCAUCUCGCAGGUCUCUCCCUGAGUGAGGUGAAUGAAACCGAGCGCGAUUGUUUUGCUGCUGCUGCUGCUGCUGCUGUGUGGCCAGUUUCUCGCGUCGGAAUCGAAACUUCGUCAACAAGCGGCCGCGGUAGACGACGACGAUGAGGACGACGAUGACUGGGACGACGACGACGACGAGGACGAUGACGAUGGCUACCAGCCAAAGCCCGAGGUCGACGACGACGGGCGGAUCUACAAAAACCCGCGCAACUCACCCUCCGCCAUGUGCCCGAGGGACGAGGAGCAGGCGGAGCUGAUGGGGCAAAAGUGUCUGCGGAAGUGCUCGACCGACGAGGACUGCAAGAGCAAGAAGAAGAAAUGCAGAUGCGACGGAGCCUGCGGAAUGUCGUGCAUCAAGCCGGAGCGCGAGUGCCCGGCGUUGACCGAGAUCGAUCACGGUUUGAUGACAGUCACCGGGAGAUUUUUCGGCGACCGAGCGCGUUACGUCUGCGAUACCGACUACUUCAUGGUCGGUCUGUCGGAGAGAACGUGCCGCGCGGACGGUCAGUGGACCGGCACCACUCCGUCCUGCAAGAAGGACCCCAGCUCCUUCUGCUCCCAGCCGCCAAAGAUCCAAAACGCGCGCCACAAUGCUCUCGCGGAGCAGACGACUUUCGACCUCUCCAACACGGUGCAAUACUUCUGCAAUCAUGGAUAUAUGGCGACAGGGGUUAAGAAAGCGAAAUGCCUGAUGAUGGAGAACGUCGCCAGCUGGUACGGGCCCGACAUCACCUGCAAGCCUCAGAGCUGCGGCCAACCGCCGAUCGUCUCCAACGGAUGGCACUCUGGCGAGUGUUACACGUACGACUGUCGCAUAUCCUACCACUGCUUGGAGGGUUACGAGCUGGUUGGCAAAGCGGAGAAGUUAUGUCUGGCGGACGGCACGUGGACCCCGAAAGAAAUGCCGCAAUGCGUUCAAGUCACGUCCGUGCAGUGUCCGAAGCCGGAGAAUCCAGUUAACGGCAAGGCUGUCUACACCUCCUACGCGUAUAAUUCCAUCGUAUCGUACGAGUGCAAGUACGGCUACACCGUCGUAGGCGCAGGGACCAGACGUUGCGGCGCUGACAGGAAGUGGACUGGAAAGACGCCUACCUGCCAGGAAAUCAAUUGCGGCUUGCCGGGCGUGCUGUAUAACGGCUGGAUCGAAAACAUCGAGGCUGGCACAGGGAUGGGCGCCAGCAUAAUCUUCCGCUGCAAGGAUCACAUGAAGCUCGAGGGCAACACCUCGUCGGUCUGCCAGAAGGACGGCAAGUGGCGUUACCCUCUGCCGCAGUGUCUAGCACCGUGCGUCGUGCCGCAGAUCGAGAACGGCCACAUCAUUGUGGCCAGCCACGAGAGAGAUCACAUCAACAAUGUCACCGUGGUGGAGCACGGCGAGAGGCUGUUGGUCACCUGCGUGCAGAAUUACGAGUUCGCCGCCAACAGCACUCCGGUGCUGUGCAACAACGGCACUUGGUCCAUAGUGCCGAGCUGCUCGCCCGCGAGGUGCAAGCAGAUGCCAAAGGUCCCGCGAAAUGGGAUGGUGAUAGCGCCCAAGACGGAUCACGGCAUGAAGGCGGUCUUCAAGUGCAAGGACGGUUUCGAGCUGGUUGGCGGUGGCCCUUUGAACGCCUCCGUGUCUGUCGAGUGCCGCUACGGCAAUUGGAUCGGCGACAUACCGCACUGCGUUCAGGUGUUCUGCCCGUUUCCGGGCUUCAUCGAGAACGGCAAGGUAUUCCUGGUGGGCAAUAUGGGAGUUUACGAUUACAGACCGUAUGUGCGGAAGAUCGUCAACAACAAGCAGAUCAUGUACGACUGCGACAAGGGCUAUGUUCUCGACGAGGGUCCGACCGGAGCGACCUGCAUCGGCGGCUCGUGGAGUCCCAAGGAGUUGCCCAAGUGCAUCCUCGGGCAACACCCGAGACUCAGAUGGAGCAGACGACGUAGAUCAGUGGACGACGAGAACGUCACUUUGAACUACAAAAAAUUCAUCGAAUUCUUCCGUAAAGUGGGCAAGAAGCUACUGCAUAUGGAGAUGAACAAAAGCCGCCAACACGCCAAGCACAAGAUGGAGGGUAAGCUUGGGUUCUCCGUCAGCAGUCACUCAAACGACACCAACAAUACGUCCGACUCGAUCUUGAGAGCGCACGCUGGCCACGGCAACAAGUCACGUCUGCGAGAAGAGCGAAUGAUCGACUUCCUGAAGAUCGUGUACAGAAAGCUCCAGCGUAUGGACGCCAAGCAUGGACCGAGCAACUCCAGCAACAGCACGAUGCACGACCUGCUGAACGCCAUGAGCAAGAACUUCUUUCACGUAGACUUGGCGGAGUCGCGACGGAACGGCAGCAGAGCUCGCUCGUACUUUGAGAUACGCAACCAGAGGGAAUUCAUCAAGCUGAAGAGGGAAUUCGAGCGGAUCAUGAGAUUCUACAACAAGUCCAUACGUUGGAACGAGAAGCAGAAUCGAAAGGACGCCAAGAGGAAAGGCCUGUCGCACGCGGAGAAACGGAAGGACAAGAAGAAGCACCGGAAGAAUUAUUACAAAGGCUUCUACGAGUUCGUCAACAGCUACGUGACCGAGAAGCUGUCGAUGUUGGAGGCGCGCAACGCUACCGAGGAACUGAUCAGGAGGAUGAAGAUCGACAAGUUCACCGUGAGGAACGGUACGACCUUCACGGUUGGCGAGAUGUACGCGUUCUUCAAACAUAUCAUAGAGGAUAGAUUGAACUCAACCGAGGAGAACGCCGUCGCCGUCGCCGUCGCCGUCGAGUCCAACACAACGUCCGCGUCAACGUCGACCUCGACGCCGAAGCUGAAGCCGGAGGUCGAGCCGUACGUCAAUCAAUCGUCGACUGUCCCAAGUCCCAACGAGGUAUCCGCGCUGGACAACGAGAUUCCUGCCAAAGAGGGGGGGGCGCCCAAGCAUCGCAGUAAGCGAAUACGAAACGCCUCGGAGGACAGCGGCGCGCCGCGGCAGAAGAGGAAGCUAUUGUCCCUAAAACCGGCCGGCGCGGACGGUCCGAGUAAGCCGUCGAAGAAGCCGAGCCACGCAGCCGACGUUAAAUCAAAACAGUUCACCUUCGACGAGCUGGAGGCGCAGCAGCAGAGCCGCUCCAAGCGGUUCCUGACGGCCUCCGAGCUGGAUAAUCAAAUCUUCCUCAAGAACUUGUAUCUCCAUGCUUACGAGGACGAGUAUCGGGCGAACGUGAAGCGAUCGAUCGGCCAGAUUAACCGCACGGCUGCCGGCUGGUCCAGCACGUCGAGGAGACGCAAAGGCAACCUCGGCGCUUACGAGAUCAAGUGAGGAAAUCGUGUGUUGUGAUAUUAAACGGAAUUUACUAAGUCAUUUACCGAUAUCAAUCAAUUUUAGGCGAGUAUACACCAUAUACGACAUAGUUAUUAAUCGUUGUCCCUCGUCGAUACGCACUGUAAACGUGUAUCGCGCUUUUUUGAAAAAUAAAUCUUUUCCAUGCAAAACACCCGCCACCGUGGAUGGAUAUUAUACGUACACAUCCAUAUCGCUCGGCCCGCUCUCACGAGGAGAGCUCGCGCGCACAAGUCUGACGAAACCAAAGAAACUGUCAAUAAAUAUCAUGUAUGUA